AUGAGACCAAUCAAGUUAAUGGGACACGAGCGUUCUUUAACGCAAGUGAAGUAUAACAGAGAAGGUGAUUUACUUUUUUCUGUGGCCAAAGAUAAUGCUGCAUCAAUCUGGUACUCAUCAAAUGGAGAAAGAUUAGGAACUUUGGAGGGACAUAACGGUGUAAUUUGGUCAAUCGACGUUGAUCCAGAGACUGAGUUAUGUGCUACCGGUGGUGGUGAUUUGGCUAUAAAGUUAUGGAAGGUUGAAACUGGAGAAUGUGUUUAUACUUGGAACAGUCCUUCACCUGUAAGAAGAGUUGCCUUUUCACCAGAUGGAUCGAAAUUAUUAGCAAUUGCCGAUCAAGUAAUGGGACAUGUUGGGACGAUAUCUGUGUAUGACCUAAACCGUGAUCCAAGCACCUUGACUCAGCAAAAUGAAAAUCCAGCCUUGGUUAUUGAAAGAGAGGAGGAUGGAUCCAAGGCCACUGUUGCUGGAUGGUCUGGCGACGGUAAAUACAUAAUAGCUGGACACAAUGAUGGCUUUGUAUCCAAGUACGAUGCUGAAACAGGAGAGUUGGUUAAAAAGAUUCAAGCACACGGUAUACACAAUGAGGAAAAAAUAGUAAGUGUCACUGACAUUCAAUUUGCACCAGAGGAUAAAUCCUAUUUUAUAACUUCAUCUAAGGACAAAUGCGCUACUUUGAUUGAUGUUGACACGUUUGAAAUAUUAAAAGUUUACAAGGCCGAUGCACCAAUGAAUACCGCAGCCAUUACGCCGUUGAAAGAUUUCGUAAUCUUGGGAGGAGGUCAAGAAGCAAGAAAUGUUACUACCACAGCCGAAUCACAAGGUAAAUUCGAAGCCAGAUUUUAUCACAAGAUCUUUGAGGAGGAGAUUGGUCGUGUCAAGGGUCAUUUCGGUCCAUUAAAUACAAUCGCGGUACACCCAGAUGGUACUGGUUACAGCAGUGGAGGAGAGGAUGGUUUUAUUAGAGUCCACAUGUUUGACAAGUCGUAUAUCGAUUUCCUUUUUGAUGCAGAGAGAACUGAAAAAGCUGCAGCAGCAGGAAACAUUUAG